GACGAAUGCAAAACAUGCCUUGAUGGACGUCACGAAUACACUACUUGUAAUGACAGAUACGGAUCAUGCGUGUGUGUCUGCAAACCUGGAUAUACCGGAGAUGGACAAGUUUGUAAAGACUACAACGGCUGGACUCUCAUAGCUCGAUUCUCGAACAGCGAUAGUAAUAAUUGGAUGCGUGACGAUGGAAAAUGGUGGUAUGACCAGCAAAUUGCAAAUGGAGUGACAAACAACACCUUAGAGAACAAAGAUAUGAUCUCGCCAGCCUUUUGGUCGGUCUGCGGAAGAGAAAUAAAGAUCACGCGCAGUGACGACCUCAGCCACACCCCUUUGUUACAGACCACAGGAAACUGUUUGGAUGGACAAACAUUCCGAUCAAAAAUCAGUAGCUAUGGCGACUUUAGAAAUGGUAAAGUCUGGGCCAGUGAUCAGUGUCUGGGAAGUUGCACGGUUCAAUAUGGUGGACAAUACAAAUCAACAGAUGGGUUUCAACAGGCUGAGUGCAGUGGAAACAUCCAAAGUGCAGACAAGAUCGGCUUCUGGUGUGACUGGGAUGAUGGUGAUGGAUCAGUGAUGAUGAUUGGGGGAGGAGGAAGAAGCUGUGCACGUGCAGACCAUGGGAUUGGAAUCACAGAAACUGACGCUGCUUCUUUUGUUGAAAAGGGUGGCAGAGCGUCUGAAUAUGACUUUGGUUCUAAUGCUAAAAAAGACACCGCUCAAUCCCAGUUCUACUCGUUGAACUUAUGGAUCCGUUAAAAAUAGUCAGCUCUUCAUUUUUCAAACUUAGUUUAGAGCUAAAGAACUUUGCAGAGAAUGAAAUUAUUAAUUUAAUGUCAAGAGAGGAAGCUGUGCACGUGCAGAUCAUGGAAUUGGAAUCACAGAAACUGGCGAUGCUUCUUUUGUUCACCUCGGAACCCAUGAGACUGAUGAUUGGUCAUGGUGCUCAAACAUCCAUCCCGGUCCUACUCGUUAAAUUCAUGGAUCCGUUAAAAUUAAUCAGCCCUUCGUUUUUCAAAUUAACUCAGUUUAGAUCCGAAGAAAUUUUAAGAGGAUGAAAUUAUUCAUUUAAUGUCACAUUGUAAUCCAAGUUUGAGGAAUAUCUUAAAGUGGUCAGUAAUCGCGCA